GGAGCCGUGGGCGGCCUCGCUCCCGCCCCUUCCCGCGGCCGCGAUGUCGCUGCUCCGCGGGCCGCGGCCCCGCACCGCCGGCAGGAAGGGCCCCAGAAAGGCGGCGGCGGCCAAGCGGGACUGGGAUAGUACCGUCCAUGAUUUGACAGUGCACCGUGCAACUCCUGAGGAUAUUCUCCGCCGCCGUGAAAUACACAAAUCAAAAAACAAAGCGUUGGCACAUCUGGAGCUCCAAGAGAAAGCACUGAACAGAAAAUGGAAGAAGCAAAGGCAACUGGAUGCAGAUUCCUUGGCGAAAAGGAAAUUGGCUCUGAUGCGUGAGAUUCUGUCUGAUCAGUACCAUUUCCAAGAUGUAUUGGAACGAUCUGGUCAGGUAAUGGCUGUGGCAAAAGACUUGCUUGAGGAUGCUCCUCGCACACGAACAGGUUUUCCUAAUGUAACAAUGGCUCCUAACUGUGACCUAGAACCAUCUCAAGGACCCAUUGUACAAAAAAGUCAUCCUCCCAGUCAGCUUUCCAUCCUUAGUGAAUCUGUCAUGGAUUCCCAGGCUCUUAAUGAAGAGGAGGAGGAAGCAUUAUCAGAAGAUGGACAACAUAAUGUUUUGGGUUUCAAAUCCAGCAUCAAUUCUGACAGGCUACUUCGGUUGUUGAGAAAAGAAAAUUCCUUGGUGAAUUCUCCUUUGUGGGUUGAAAAGGAUGUGAGAAAAACCACCUUAUCACAGGAACCAAACGUGCCUCGAACUCCAGCAACUGUUUCCCCUUCAUUUGAUCCGUCAGCCCUCAAUGCUACCAGUGUAAUCAAGAGAACCCAUUCAAGACUCCGGAAUGAAGAUGAAGAAGAGUCUGUAGACUCCAUUGACACUGUGAGACAAGUGCUGAACCCAGACUCAAGGAAACAAAAGCAAAUUGCAGCAAAGAUGAAAAGAAAGCAAGCUGCACAGGACUCUGCAAGACAGAAGAGAGGUGAUUCUCCAGCUAAUUUAAUCCAGGUUGACCUUCAGAGGGACAACAAACCCAGCCUAGAUGUUCUCAGCCACAUGAUCCAGGAAGUAGAGCAUGAACUGGAGGAAUAUGAGCGAUGUACAGGUCGUGAGGUCCCAAAAAAAGAGAGGAGUGAAGGCCUGUCUGGGUUUACUCUGUCACUGGUGAACGCUCUCUGUCGCUUGAUGCGCUACCUCAAGGAGGCUGAAAUGCAGCUGCAUGAGAAAGAGAUGAUGAGGCAGCAGCAGGAGGAGAUGUUGAAUGAGCAUAGAGAACUGAUUGAUGCACUGACUGCUGAAGUUCUUCAAGUAAGGGAAGAAAACAUUACUAUGCAGAAGAAACUUCAGCAGUACAUGACAGUAACAGAUCAAAAGCUGAUGUGUCUCACACAAGCAUUUAAAGGCCUCCCUUUGGAAGAACCUGAAAGAGAACAAAGUCCAAAACAUUUUGGAAUUGCAAGCAGAGGCCCAGCAAACAGCCAAGAAAAACCUGAUUUGACCUACUCUGAGCCCAGGCCUGAAGCAGGCAAUAGGGAAAAUAUGCUGAAAUUUCCACAGGAAGAACUUCCUUUCACGUUUCACCCAGGGCCAGGUGCCUCAAGUGAUAUGAGACCUGGUAGAAGCUUCCCAGCUCACAUCUUCCAGCCAGCUGUGCUGUUGUCCCCACCACAGCAGAAAAGCAGUCAGGAAUUGUCUUCCCUCCAGAAUGUGUUUGCAGCCAUUUCCCAGUCUACUGAAAGAGAGCCAUGCAAGGAAAGGAGCUUACAUUCCUCCCUGAGGACACAGAGCACAACUGAGGAGAACUGCCCCAUCUCUCGAAAGCAACAAGUUCCUUCUGCAGACAAAGACUUGGAGAGUUCCCAUGAGAAAACCAAUCUGUCCUGCCCAGGUGAUGCUGGAAAAAACAGCACAGCUGAAGAGUUCCUUCGAAAUGGUGAUCUGCUGGGACAGAUAGCUGAGCUCACACGGCAGAAUGCUCUAAUUAAAGCUCAACUGAGGAAAUUCAGAGGAGACAGAAGUGAUUGUCUGCAUCAGCCAGACCUGACACAAAAUGCAGAUCCUAGUCCAGACUCUUCACAAGGACAGAGUCAUCUCAUGGUAUCAAGGAGCUUGGAGGAAAGAAUAGCAGAGCUGAAUCGCCAGAGUACAGAAGCACGGGAUAAACUGUUGCAGUUGAUAGACCAGCAGAAAUCAGCUGCUGCUGACAUGGCCCCUCCAAUGCUGUCUCCUGUUCCAACCCCAUCCCUGAAUUACACUGAAAAUGCAAGGAGGACAGCUGAGGUGUCUGUUCCCAUGGCAGUGGCUGCGGACAGCUCCAAGGAUGUCAGUGUUCCCCAUGCCAGUAUGACCAGCAUAAGAAGGACUGUAGGCGACUCUAGCAGACCUUUAAGUGCCAUGUCAGAAAGUGUCAAAUUAACUUCUGGCAGCCAAAGACCAAAGGGAGAAAAGCAAAAAGAAGAAGGAUGGUUUGCAUUGUCAAUGCAUGUUAUGUAAAGGAAGCUGAGCUCAAGUUCUAUGCUUUUUAAAUAUUUUUUAUUAACUACAAAUAAAUUACAG